AUGGUUAUCGCGCAGACGGCCCUUUUCAAUUUUCAAUCGCUUCUUCUGGUGAUUCUCUUAAUCAUCUGCACCAGCACUUACGCGCACUCGCACUUUCCUGGGAUUAUGGACCGGAACCGGAGCGGGGUCUUCGGGAUUUUCUGGAAAUGUGCCCGGAUAGGAGAACGACUCAGUCCAUAUGUAAGCAUAUGCUGUAUCGUGAUGGCUGUACGUACCCUCUGA